GCAGCCUUCAGACCAACACCAUCACUGGUGGACCAUUUUCAAUUACACGCCACUGGGAUAACUAGCAUGUUGGUCUCAACCGUCCUUCUAAUCUUAUGGAUUUCUACUGUGGGGGGACAAGUGAGACAUUGUGAUUUUCCAAAAAUAAACCAUGGAAUUUUAUAUGAAGAAAAGAAAUACAAGCCAUUUUUCCCACUUCCUAUUGGGAAUUUUUUCUAUUAUUCCUGUGAAUAUAAUUUUAUGUCUCCUUCAAAAUCCUUUUGGACUCGCAUAACAUGCACAGAGGGAGGAUGGUCACCGACACCAAAGUGUCUCAGACUGUGUUUCUUUCCUUUUGUGGAAAACGGUCGUUCUACAUCUUCAGGACAAACACACCUGGAAGGCGACAGUGUUCAAAUUUCCUGUGAUAAAGGCUACAGCCUCCCAAAUAAUCAGAGCAUCAUUGCAUGUGCAGAAGGUGGCUGGUCCUCCCCUCCUGAAUGCAUAUCCACCAAAAAAUGUUUAAAAACUGAUAUUGUAGUUGGCAAUGGGUUUUUGUCUGAAUCAGAAUAUGCUUAUCCCAUAAAUAGAGAAACACAAUAUAAAUGUAAACCAGGAUAUGCAACAGCAGAUGGAAAAACGUCAGGGACAGUUCAGUGUUUGCAAGGUGGAUGGUCAAUUCAACCAAUUUGUGUUAAGUCCUGUGAUAGGCCGGUAUUCGUGAAUGCCAGAAGCAAAGGUAAGGACACGUGGUUUAAGCUCAACGACAGGCUGGACUACGAAUGCCACGAGGGCUAUGAGAACCAGGAUGGACGCACCACAGGUUCCACAGUGUGUGGUGAAGACGGCUGGUCCCAUUUGCCCACAUGCCAUGAAACAGAAUGUCAUCUUCCAUUUUUGGAAGCAAAUGUAGAUGCUCAUCCAAAACAAGAAAAAUACAAAGUUGGAGACGUGUUGAAAUUCUCCUGCAGACAAAGACUUAGAAGAGUUGGGCCAGAUUCAGUUCAAUGUUACCAAUUUGGGUGGUCACCUAAUUUUCCAACAUGCAAAGGGCAAGUACAGUCCUGUGGUCAACCUCCUCAACUCCCCAAUGGGAAAAUCAAGGGCAUAAAACAAGAAAAGUAUGAACACGGUGAAAUGGUGGAAUAUAAUUGCAAUCCUAAUUUUCUAAUGAAGGGACCUAAGAAAAUACAAUGUAUGGAUGGAGAAUGGACAACUUUGCCCACCUGUGUUGAACCAGGGAAAACAUGUGGAUUUAUACCUGAACUUGAGAAUGGCUUUGGCCAGCCCUCUGUCCCUCCCUAUCGACAUGGAGUUUCAGUGGUGUUGAAUUGCAGAAAUACAUAUACAGUGAUUGGAAAUAAUACAAUUACUUGUAUUGGUGGAAUGUGGACUGAGCUUCCUAAGUGUGUUGCAACAAACCAACUUAAGAGGUGUGAAAAACCAAGGCUUUAUGCAAGAGGACUGUUAAGUUCAUAUAGGCAUGAAUUUAAUCAUAAUGCCAAAAUAAAUUACAAAUGUACUGGGAAGGAUACAUACGUACAAACAGUCUGCAUCAACGGGAAAUGGGACCCUGAACCAGACUGCAUAGGAAAAAAGAAACAACUCUGCCCACCUCCACCUCAGAUACCUAAUGCUCAUAAUAUGCUAACCACAGUGAAUUAUCAGGAAGGAGAGAAGGUAGCUGUUCUCUGUAAAGAAAACUAUGUACUUCAUGAAGCAAAAGAACUUGUGUGUAAAAGUGGACUAUGGCAGUCAUUACCACGCUGUACCGAGUCCACACAAUACUGUGGGUCCCCUCCACCUAUUAACAAUGGAGACAUCACCUCCUUCUCCUUAUCAGUAUACCCUCCAGGAUCGACAGUUGAGUACCGUUGCCAGUCUUUCUAUGAGCUUCGGGGCUCCCCGAAUGUGACGUGCAGAAACGGACAGUGGUCAGAACCACCCAUGUGCAUAGAUGCAUGUGUCAUAUCUGAAGAUAACAUGAACAAAAAUAACAUACAGUUAAAAUGGAGAAAAACCCAAAAAAUAUAUGCAAGGACAGGCGAUGUUGUUGAAUUUGAAUGUAAACAGCCACAUAAAGCAAGAACAUCUAUACAAUCAUUUCGAGCUCUCUGUCAGGAAGGGAAAUUUCAAUAUCCUACGUGUGAAUGAAACAAGCACAGCUUCCCUGGAUGUACUCUUAAAAGUAAUCUUACAGGAGAACGAAACAGAUGAUAAACCACCUCUUCAACUUCUGCUUUGAAUAUGCACAAGUAAAAUUCUAAGAGAUAACAACUAUAAACUCUGAACAAAAGCCAAACUAACCCCCAACCCAAACCAGAAAACCAAAUACAUGGAUGCACAGCAGAAUGGAAAAUAGCAGAUGGUGGAUGGGAGGAUUCAGCUGAAAGAAGGUAACGGAGCUAGUUCUCUCAGGCAGCAACCCAUUUUUACAGGUUACUGCCUGAGAGAGGUCUGCAAUCAACACUUUUGCAAUGGAGUUAAACCUUGGACGAAAAGAAAAAGCCCACAGCAUUCUAGCCAGAGGUACCAGUGAAGCGGGUGUGGGGCAGUCACAUCCACUGAGAAAGGAGGCGGACGGGUAGAUCAGACUAGUGAGAGCAAAAAGAGGGCCCCAAAUUUUGUGUGUAAAUUCUACAUAAAUCUCCAAAUGACUCUUGAAUAUCUAUGUAUUGGGCAAAUUCAAAGUAACUCAGAUAAGAAUAAAAAAUAAUUGAAAUAAGAUUUGAGCUGCCACCCCAAAAUCAGUGUUCAGCUUGAGCCAACCAAGUUGUUAAAAAAAAUUUUUUUGGAGGACUAGAUGAGAAUCCAGAGUCUCCACAAUAUAACAUUCAACAUGUCUAGGAUACAAGACAAAAUUAUGUGAUAUACAAAUAGUCAGAAGAAUGUGGUCCAGACACACUCACGGAGGUUGCUGAAGAGCAAACACCUGCACGCUGAGAGCGAGGCUACAAAUCAGGAUGGAUUUUCACUCGAAAGCUGCCUGGGUGUGAGGGAAGCAGAUCACUGCUGCCUGUCCUAGUAGGUCAGCACUUAUUUUAGAGCAGAUAGGAACAUACACGGAAUUGAAUGGUCUUGUAGGAAAGUGGCCAUGGAACCCAGAUAGCCUCAGAGAGAAAGUAACAGAAGGAAGACACUGAGUAGCUUUACGUCUUUGAUAACACUGUUAAGGUGAAUAUAAAUGUUACUGGACUAUUCUUUGAAUGUACCACAGAAAAGAUCAAUCAAAAUUA